GAUUAAUCAUGGAUCUUUUCGGAGUCCUAUGGUACUGGAUCUACGCCGCUGUUCCUCCGGAAAUCACCUGGAAUCUAAAGUGCGGGCCCCGAGCCACCGACGUGUGCGAACUGCAAAACUGCACCAUCACUAGCGACACCAAUCGCAAUCAGAUAUUUUUCCCGGCAACCAACCUCAUGAUCAACCACGGCUAUGUGCCACACUUUGACGCAUCGGUAGCCCAAAUGUUGCGCCAGGAAACCAUCAUGCUGGCAAUCAUGAACUCCGGUGUGCAGGAUUUCGUGAUACGGGAGAUGAUUGAAAUUCUUAUACUGGAAGACAACCAAAUCGAGCGGAUGGACGUUAUCGAAGGUCAGGAACUGUUUCGGCUGAAGAUUCUGAAGGUGAGCCGAAACCGACUGACGGAUAUUUCCUUCGUUCGGAAAUUAAGCAAACUGAAGUAUCUCCAUGCACACGACAACCAACUGGAGGCGAUUCCGAUGAAGACAUUCGAAAACGGGCGAGAUUUAGUUGAAGUGUGGUUGCACAACAAUCGAAUCAAGAAGCUCGAAACAACCGCAAUGCUCACGCUGAAGAACUUGUGGAACUUGGAACUUCAGAACAAUCAACUACAGGAAUUGGAUGCCAAGUGGUGGCGAUUCGACAACUUGCAAUCGAUCAAUUUGGAUGGCAAUCUGCUGCAGUCGCUAAAUGGGGCCGAAUUCAAGCGAGCUUUUCCCACAGUGUUGAACAUUUCGGUAGCGAAUAAUCCUUGGAACUGUGAUCGCCUGAGGGACUUGAAAUAUCACUUCGUGGGUGGGAAUGUGAACCUGCUGGGGGUGUGCUUUGAGCAAAAGUGCUGUCAUAACGACCGGCUUGACGGUUUGGCAUUGGGCUUGGCCGAAUCACUGGAACAUCUGGAGACGGCGUACGGCGAGGUUCGGGGAAUAGAGCGAGCAUAUGUGGAUGCUAAUGAGCAAGCGGUAAGGUUGGAAAAACUACAGAAACGGUUUGACCGUGUUGAGUUUUAUUUGAGGCACGUUGCUGAGCGACUUGAGCACAUGAAAGAAAAGUAUGAUUGCUUACGGUAUGGUAAAAAUAAGGAUAAGAAGAAACGAUUGAAAUUGGAAAGGUAGUGUAGUGAGAGUGGAAGAAUAUGUUUGAAAUUGUGAACCAUUCACAGCAAGUAUAGCAAAUGUUAGUAGGGGAUUAACAUAUCCGUUGGAUAUGUUUCUUACGAGAAAUGUAAUAAAUUCAUCAUAAGACGAUGCAAAUCAUUUGAAAAGACUUCCGACGAUUAAAUUCGAGAAUCUGUAUAAGUAUUUUUGAAGAAUAUGUUAUACUAAUUCGUUCAGAAAAUAUCGGGCGGUUCGUUAAUCCGGACAGUUCAUGUUUGAUUAAAUAUGACGUCUACUUUGCAACAUGAUAACCAUGUGUGAUUAUUCUGAACUAUUUCAGUCAUGGUAGUAACUGAUAAUCAACUUUUUAAAGUGUUCGGAUUUAUGGAAUAAGUGUCCCGAUUUCCAUGCUCUGCGGU